AUGUACGGAUUUAAAGCAAAACCAAGGAACAAUCAUUUUAGGAAUUUUAACAGAAACAACAAUGGGCAUAAUAAUAAAUUUCACAAUAACAACAACAGAAAUAGAAAAUAUAGUAAUAAUAAUGUAGAAGAAAUUAGUGAAUAUAUUAUAAACAUUUCUUAUAUCUUGAAUGAGAAAUAUGAAAAAUAUUUUGUUUAUGAACUAAAAGAGGAAAAUAUAAAAAAAGGUUAUAAAGUUUUUGGUGACAUAAAUUUAGACGAUUCUUAUAAUAUUGAAGAUGAUAUAUGUAUAUUAGUUAAAAUAAAAGAUGAAAUAAAAUAUAAUGAAAAGGCUUUAGUUAAAACAGUAAAAUGCUCAAAAAUACUGGAAAAAUUAAUAUAUUAUUGUUUUUUUUUAUUAAAAUAUAAUGAGAAGAAUGUAAAAAAUAAUGAUAUAAGUAUAGAAUGUAUAGAGAUUUAUAAUAACUUUUUUAAAAUAGUAUAUUCAGAUUUCAUUGAAUUAGCUGUAUGUAAAUAUGCAUCCCAUUUUGUACAAACCGUAUUAUGUUUAUACACUUUUUUUAGAAGAUAUGAAGAGAAAUAUAUAGAAGACAUUAAUAAAAAAAAUAAUGAUUAUAAAAAAAUAUCAUAUUAUUUUAAAAAGAUAGGUAAUAAUAUAGUUGACAAUCUAUUUUUUUUAAUUUUUGAUACAUGUGGGACACAUAUAUUAAGAUCCUUUUUAUAUUCAUUGGGGGGAUAUUUGAAUAUUAAUAUAAAUAAUAUAUCAUUUAGAAAAUCAAAAAUUCGUAAUAGUAUGUCAAAGACGGAACUGAAAUAUGUUAGUAAAAAUUAUAUGAAGGAUGAUGAUGUUAACAAUAUUAAUGACAAGGAUGAUAAUACCAGUUUUUUCUUUGAAUGUUGUAGAAAAAUAAUUGAUAAAAUUAAAGAUGAAAUAAUAAAUCCAAAUGAAUCUCAAAAAUUUAAAAAUAUUUUAUAUCAAUAUAUUUUUUAUGAAAAUGUAAAGAAUGAAGAAGAAAUAAAUCCAAAUGAUAAAUAUUUAGUAGAAAGCCAAAAUCAACAUUUAAUUUGCCCUCUUUUAUAUAAUACAUAUUCAGUACCAGCAUUAGUAAUUUUAUUUGAAUUAUUGAAGGAUAAAAAAGUUGAAUGUGACGACUUAAUAAGUGAAAUAUUUUUAAUAAAAAAAACAAAAAAAUAUUAUAUUGAUAAAUAUUCUAAAAAAAAUCAACAUUUUGAAGAAAGCCCUUUAAAACAAUUGUUAGACAUAUUAAUAAAAUUAGAUUCCUCAAGUAUAAUGAUUGAAAAUAUUUUAAAAAUUAAUAGCGAGCACACUUUUUAUGUUUUUAAUACAUAUAUAUUAAAAAAUAUAAAUCAAUUAAUAUGCGAUAAUGCAUAUUCUUGUUUAGUUAUGUACAAUUAUUUGUCUUUUGAAUAUAUAACAGAAGAAAUGUAUGACUUAUUGAUAAAAGAAAUAGAUAUAGAUAUUAUUAUUAAAAAAAAAAAAUUUAACAUUUUAAAAUGUUUAUUCGAUUUAUCACAAUGCUAUCAAAGGAAUUGUAAACUUUUAGUGAAUUCCUUGCUCAAAAAUUUGGGUUUGAUAUUCAAAGAUGGAAAUUUAGAACAAAAGGAUUUUAUAUCUGAUCCUGGAAGAGCUACAAAAUUUAUUUGGAUAUGCAUUUUAUGUAUGUGUAAUUAUAAUGAUUUGUCUCCUAUAAUUUUAAAUAUAUUUGAAAAUAAUAAUCAUAAAAAAGAGAAAAUUGAAGAUGCUAACAUAGAAAAUGAACAAACAUAUAGUGACAAUCAUAAUGAUAAUAAUAAUGUAGGUACAUUAAAUAAUUACAAUUUUUAUAAUCACAUUAAAAUUGAUACAAAUGGAUAUUAUAUAUUGCUUAAUAUUUUAUCCUUUCCAAAAGAGUCAAUCAUGCCUAUAAUACAUUCUUUUAAACGUUUUUGCGAUUUUUUAAAACUCGUAUAUAAUAACAAGCCAAGCAAUAGCGAUAUAGAUAAUUAUAAUAGCUUUUUAGAAGCCUUUUCAAAUAAUAAUCAUAAUGGGGAAAAUGGUGAGAAAAAUAGUAGAAAAAAUAGCUUGACUUAUGAAGAAGGAAAUAACUAUUAUAAUAAUUCAAAUGGAAACAAACAUGAGAAUAAAGUAAAACCAUUUAGAAGAAAAAAUGUUGAAUUAAGAGGAAAUAUAUUAUUAUACUUUUGUUGUGAUAAAAAUUUAUCUAUUUUAUGUGAAAAGAUUGGAAAUGCUUUUAAUUUAUUGAAUGAAAAACAUUUAAAAUCAUUUAUUUUAUUAUUUAAAAAUGAAUAUAAAAAUAUAGCUAUUAAUCAUGUAGGAGCCCAUGUAAUUGUUACUUUUUUUAAAAUAGGGGAUGAUCAAAUUAAAAAAAGUAUAUUAGAUUCAUUAAUUGAAAAUGAUAUAAACAUGUAUAAUAAUUUUAUUAAAAAUUUCAUGAAAUUAAAAGAAUAUAAAAAAACAAAGACUAUAAAUACAAAUACAACGAAAUAUUUGAAGGCUAAAAAAAUGUUUGAAAAUAUUUUAAUAUCAAAAGAGGAAGAUGAUUCAAGAGAUGGAUUAGCUCAAGAAUUGGAUAAUCAAAAACGACUAGAAAAUGAUGAGGAUGAUAACUUGUCAGGUACUGAUGAGGAGGAAGAAAAUGGAAAAAAAUCGGAUAAAGAAGAUGAAUUUAUGGAUGUAAUAUCUGGAUUUAUAAAAGAUUCAAAAAAAAAAUCGAGAAAACGUAAAAAAGAAAAGGAUAAAAUUGAUAAUGUUCUAAAUAAAAGCGUAAAAUGCUCUUAA